AUGUCUGCCCUUAACCGAAACGAGAAAGUCAAAUGUGAGGAAUGUGGUCAGGAAUACAGGAGAGCUGAUAAUGCGAGACAUCGAAAAAGAUGUGCUAAAGGAGUUGUUUCUUGUCCUGAAUGUAAGUAUUCCACUUACAAUCAACAAGAAAUGAGCUAUCAUAUGGCUAAGAAGCAUGCUCAACCAAGUUCGAAGCCGUCGACGGUUUGUUCUUCUUGUGAACAAGAGUUCCCGAGUUACUACUCUCUCCAGCAACAUCGGAGAAAGGCACAUGGAGCAAAACAACGGAAACCUAGUGCUACGGUAGCCGACUUGAACAAGAUUGUGGAGGAUGAGGGGGAAGAUGGUGAAAAAUUGAAGGAGGAACUUGGUGCAUGUCAACAUUUUCUAGUGGAUACGGAGAUGGAAAAUGGGAGACACAAGCCCCAGUUAUCUUACUUGAACCGCAUGAGACCUCUAAUACGCCCGAAGCAAAACUCAGUAUCGACUGAAACUCUUCCACUACCCCUUCCACCAACACCUCCCUCAACGCCUCUUGUUGACCCUGGGGAACAAUCAACAGGACUUCUUACAGACGAUGAGACUAAUCAAUAUCUGGAAGGUGGGGAGGAAGAGGAGAAUUAG